AUGUCGGAGGACAGAGAAACGGAAGGAACAGAGCAAACUCUAAACAAACCUUGGUCGUUAUAUACGGAUGGAGCUUCGAGCGCCGAAGGUGCAGGAGCAUGUUUGAUUCUCACCGAUCCAGAUGGGACAGAUAUGCCGUAUGCACUCUCUUUAGAGUUCAAGAGUUCUAAUAACGAAGCUGAAUAUGAGGCACUGUUUGCUGGAUUGCGUUUGGCAGCCAAAGUUGGAGCAAAAAACGUCAUGGCCCAUGUUGAUUCAUUACUCGUGGCGAAUCAGGUGAACAGAGAAUAUGAAGCAAGGGAAACCAACAUGAUCAAAUAUCUGGAACAAGUAAAGCAAGCUAUGGCAUUGUUCGACUCAUGUAAGGUCGAACAUAUUCCCCGCAGCAAAAACAAGAAGGCCAAUGCAGGAAGGGGGUUUGUACCGAAAGACCUUCCUCGGGCCUCUGUUAAAAUGCCUUGA